AGAGGAACAAACAGGGCCAUUGACCGCCGCCUCCCGCUCAAGGCUCUGCCGCUCAGACCUCAGGUUCAUCUCUCUGUUUCUCUUCUCAAACCUUUCCCUGCCCUCGAAGGGAAGCUCUCUCCUGAUCUCCUACCUUACUCGAGUUCUUCCUUCCCUGGCGGCGACGACUGGGCGAGCGGUGGCCCAACCCUUUGCCGGCGACGAGCGCAUCCUCCAGGAGAACCAUCAAGUUUUUUUUUGGUGAUAAUGGACCCAAAGCAUUCAGCCGAAGUGUCCAAGCAUUUGGACAAGCAAAACCAAGCACUAAUGGAAACAUACCGCGCAAUGUCCCAUGAGUUGCAUAAACUUCAGGUGGAGGAAGAAACAAUCAUGCGCAAGUUGUAUGAACUGAUGUCUGCAGAAGGGCUUCUUCCGAAGCGCAAGAAAGAAAAGCAACAGGAGGAAAAGGCUGUGGAAUCAAUUCUGGAGAACAAAGAAUAGGAACCACAAAACUUAUCGACUCCCAUAUGAUCCGACAUGGAUACCAGUUCAGCUGAAGGGCUAGGUGUCUGUUAUCUUCUCGAUGGCAGUACUCUUCCAUCACAACUUGGACGACCACACCAUUUAAAUUUCCAGUAUGAUGGAUAAGCAUUUAGCAGUAGAGAAUUUCAGCUCCAGAUGUUUCACAAUCGAAUCUUUGAACCUGAAUAUUGGUGUAUAAAAGAAUAGAACCAUCCCUUUUAAUCUCAAAAAAAGAGAGAGAAUAGAACCAUCCCUUUUGCUCUUAUGCUUGAAAUAUAGAUUAGAAGUAGUAUGAUGGACUUUGCAUUCUGUUUCCCCCCUUUUCAUAGAGCUAUUUGUCUCCAGACACCGUAAGUGCACCGAUUGCAUAAAGUUUGUACAUAUAUUAUUUUUUGCUGAAGCAAUGCAAUUUCAAUGUACAACUA